AUGGCGCUCGCCGCCCCUUCUUCCCUCCGCCGCCUCCCGACCACACCACCGCAUGUGCCGUCUCCGUCCUGUGCCUCCCGCCUCCGCUCGCGCCCUCUGCGGGAGCCCCGUCUCUGCCAGAGACUCGUCGCCGCCGCCGCGGCGGCGGCUCCACUCGCUUCCUCGCCCACCACCGCGGACACGGAGCGGAGGAAGCACGAACUGCUGCGCGCGGUUCAGGAAACGCGGCGCGGAUUCGCGGCGGGGCCCGACCAACGCGCUGCCAUCGAGGAGGCCGUCGUGGCCGUGGAGGAGCGCGGUGCCGGGGAGGGGACGCCGCUAGAUCUCUCGGCGCUCGAUGGCACCUGGAGGCUGUGUUACACAUCGGCGUCAGACGUGCUUGUGCUGUUCGAGGCGGCCGAGAGGCUUCCACCCCUGCAGGUGGGGCAAAUAUACCAGAAAUUCGAGUGCAAAGAUCGAUCAGAUGGUGGAAUUGUGAGGAACGUUGUAAGGUGGAGCAUCGAGAACUUGCUGGAGGAGCAAGAAGGUGCAACACUGAUGGUCUCUGCGAAGUUUGUUGUCCUGUCUAAACGCAAUAUCUUUCUUCAAUUUGAGGAGGUCGCUGUUGAAAAUAUCAAGAUUAGCGAGCAACUGCAGGCACUAAUAGCUCCUGCUAUACUUCCUCGGUCAUUCUUGAGCCUUCAGAUAUUGCAGUUCCUUAAAACCUUUCGAGCUCAAGUUCCUGUCAGUGGUCCUGAAAGACGAUCACCUGGAGGAUUAUAUUAUCUUUCUUACCUUGACCGUGAUAUGCUCCUGGGUCGUUCAGUUGGUGGUGGGGGAGUAUUUGUUUUCACAAAGGCACAACCUCUUACAUAA